CUCAAGAAUCUAGUACCUGUUUCUCUAGUGCCUCUUAAGUAACUUUUGAUCUCAAAGAAAUAUUAAAACCGAGAUAAGCGCGCUCGUAAUAAAUAUUAAAUUACAUUACAAAAAUAAAUUAAAUAUAAAUCUUAUAUCAAAAGUCGGGAAUGAGUUCAGUAGCAUUGUGAUGAUUAGACAUGCAACCGGGAAGGUGGUUGGCGGUAACGCUCCUCGCGCUUUCGAUCUUGCACGCUAAAAUAAGGGUAACUUUUUCAAAAACAACGCGAGUGUUGAAGGGAGUGAGGCUUCCCGCGGGCUACAUGGAGAUAGUGCAGGAAGACACGUGCUCUGACGGGGUGAUCCGCUUGAAUUGCAGGUCUCUGCACGCGUUCGUCUUCGUCCUGGAGGCGGAGUACCAGCGCGACAAAAGUCACAGCUGCUCCGAAAUAAACAAAGUAAGAAGAGCCGCGAGGUUCCGCGAGUUCAGGCCGCGGAUGCGCGAGGACUUUAAGGUGAAAUUAAGGGGGAAUUAUAUCAAGGACGAAGAGGAUCCAUCCCGGAUCGAUCUUAGGACACUUUUUAAUCACAGAUGCAGCGGGCGCUAUCACUGCCGAGUGACCAUCAACGAAGACCAUCCAGGCGCGACAAAGUGGCAGCCGGCUAACCUGCGGCUUAAGUACGCAUGUAUACCCGAGAAUGCGGUUAACAAAUAUUGCAACAUGAAAGUGACGAUUGACGACAAUCAAGGCGGGUAUGUUAAGUCUCCGGGUUAUCCUCUGUAUUAUCCUGGACAGUUCGUUUGUAACUGGACUUUCCAUACCGUUCCAGGUCACAGAGUUUCGCUGGUCUUCCAUGACUUUAAUAUUCGCAGUCCUGAACCGAACGGAAGCUGCCUUGACAGCGUUAGGAUUCGUGAGAACGGUAGAAUUUUAUUUGACUCCUGCGGAACGAGAGCUGGAGUUAAAAUAAUCUCCCAUUCUAACAAGAUAACAGUCGAUCUCAUCUCUUCGUCACGUGUCUAUCCAGGAAGGGGAUUUUUGCUUCACUACGAAGCAAUAAGGAGUUGCCCGGAGACCACAGCCCCUAAAGGAAGCUACGUCACCAACGAUACCCUUGACUCUAGAACCUUCAAGUGUUUCUCGGGGACGAUAUUCCCGGAUACGAAGGAGCCCAAAAGGACUCUUGAUUGUCGAAAUGGGCGCUGGAACGAGAGUAUCGACAGACUGCCAACUUGCGUCGCAUCGUCGGCGGCAAUUUUGAAAACGGAGUCGGACAGUAACCAUUUAUCGAGCCUAUCAGACAGCAAUAUCCAGUCAACGGGGGUGAGAAUCGGAAGAAUCGAGAACGCAGUCGCCGUUGGAAGUAAUUUUGAUAUGGCAGAUCCAGCGCAAUCAGCGAUGAGCAAGAAGGGGGACUUUGUCAUAGAUAUGGUGGUGCCAUCGAUCCUGAUUGUACUACUCUUUGUUGGCAACGCGGUUAUUGUUUAUAUCAUUUUUCAAUACCGAAAGAGGAAAACGCCGGCAAUCAACUCGGGAGAAGGAAUGGCUCUGAGACCAGCGCAAGAAGUUCCACAAGUCUGAUUACCCAACAACGCUGAAAAAACAAGACAACUAUCCAAUAAACAUUAAAAAUCCUCAACGACUUA